UCAAUCCGACCAUGUCUUCAGAUGUAGGCCUAAUGGACGAUAUCGUGGAAACUCAGCCUUCUAACGAGGACGAAGAAGAAAUCCGUCGUCGGGCGGCUAUGUUAGCCAAUCCUCAAGCAGAAGCCAUUGCAAACAGGCCCCGCGGAUGAUUCUAUGGAUGUCGUUCCCGACUCAGAACCUCAAGGCGAGUAUCGCCUCUCUCCGAAGGUUCCAACGCCUAGUUUGCGAACGAAGGUGACUGCGGAGGACGAUUUUAACGAAGUUGUACCCGAUUCGUUGGCUGUAGACUUGACCGAAGUGCCGUCGGCUGAAACUCGGAUUGGUUUGAGGCGUGAGGAGGAGGAGGAGGAGGAGGAAGAGGAAGAGGAGGACUCAUCAGAUGAUGUUCCCCUCGCACUGAAAUCUGUUAUCAAGGACAAAGGGAAAGCGCGAGUCGACGUCACUCCAGCACCUAGGAGACCUCCAAGUAACCCUUCACAUGAAACACUGACUCCUCCUGCCACUGUCACUCCUGCUUCACGCGCCCGAGGGAAAUUCAAGGCCGGACAGUCCUCAUACAAAGAGGGGGACGUUCCAUCUUCUAUCCCUGAAGAGAUGCCUGAUGCGCAGCCUCACCCUACCCGUAAUAAAGGCAAAGGCAAAUCGGUCGAACUUCAGUCAACCCGCCGAACUCGCAAUCGGCGGGGUCUUCGGAAGCACGAUUAUUCCGAGCUGAGCGAUGAUGAAAUGGAUGUCGAUGAAGCCAAACCUAAAGUCGAGCCUGAUGACAGCCUAUUGCCGAGCACUUCGAACCGCAAACGCAAGCGGGGAGACACUGAUCUGUCCAGAGCCGUGUCUCAGUCAUCGAGGGGCGGCGAAUCAUCCAGGUCAAAGCGCAGUCGUUCGGUAGUCUCAACUGCAACCCGUUCAGGAUUCAAUCCUGGAGAUCGCGUCUUUGCUUUUCAUGAUAGCCUUUGUUAUCCGGCAACUUUCGAAGAAGAGGUGGGUGACGAUCUGUGGGUGAGGUUUGAUGGUGAAAGUAAAAGUAUUCGAUCUACGCUUGCAAGGCCUUUUUCCGAGCUUCGACCUGGCGACACAGUUACCGUUGUGGAUCCUAUUAUUGAAAACGUUCUGAACGCAGGAACCGUUCGUACGAUAUUCGAGGACCGAGAGGGCGUUGAGGUUGUUAAUGAUCAUGGAGAAGUGCAGGAGGUGGCCAUGAGUAUGCUCCGAAUCAGUCCCACAGUCCUCAAGUGCUCGUGGAAUGAACGUGCGGUCGGGAUCUUUUCCGGCUACGGUUUCAUUCUUAGUUGCUCCGAGGAUCAAUCGAAAAGAGAUUCUUUGUCCAGCCGCAUCAAGAGCGCGGGCGGGAAGGUGAUCGCGGACUGGACUAGCGCCCUAGAACUCGAUGGAACGUACUCCACUGCGAAUAAAUGGAUCAUCAAGGAUAGCGAUGCGAAAUGGAGACUAUCGUCUAUUGAACGGGUAUUCCUUCUUGCCGACCAGCACAGCGAGAAGCCCAAAUAUCUGAUCGCUUUAGCCCUUGGCGUCCCUUGCGUCAGAUCGCGGUGGAUCGAAGAAUCGCUCGAGGCUAACGAGGUACUGGAUUGGAGUUCGCAGUUGCUUGAGGCGGGAAGGUAUCGUUUCGAUGGACCGCUCUUAUCGCAGAUGGUCAAUCUGGAAUGGGGAACAGAUGGGAGUGUUAAGAUGGAGGACAUUAUGCAAAAUCCUGUUGCUAUGAAGGUGCUAGGAGGGAAGAAAAUCAUUUGCUAUAGUGAAGAGUUUUUCCCGCUGAAGCAAACGCGGAGUGAUCGCGAGAAGGAACGCAAGGCGCUAACCUUGUGUCCAUUGAUCAUGCUAGUCAUGGGUGCCGAACGUGUAGAAGCGUACAGGAAGAAUUCUCGCUGUCAGCUUAGCAAUGAUGCGUUGCGUCUGGCUGACUACGUCGUUUACAAGGAUCAGAAACCUACCGAUCCGAAUUUGAAAGGUUUGACAAAUCUGGUAGACUGGCAGUGGGUGAAACAGUGUCUGAUCGCGGGCAGGAUUUUAGAGAGGGUUGUUUAGCGAGAUUUUCUUGUUACAUUUUUUGUUGAUUUUCUUGCAGUACAUAUCAUUGUAUCCAUAGGCAGCUCUUGGGAGCACAUAUCUUGCAAUUCCUUUGUUGAAGUCUUUUGUAUCUACAACCGACAUAUAUACUCUACGACGAUACGCUUGGCCAAACGGCU